AUGGUUGAGAAGCGCCCCUCAAUCGAGGGUCUCGUCGACAAUGUCGACCCCCGAGAGUCCCACGAGCUCGAAGAGCUGCCCACUUUCGAGAAACCCGUGAUCGAGCCCACGCCAGUAUCGCUCAAGGAGAAGCUGAUAACAUGUUUCUGGAUUGCGCUCAAUACCCUUUCAACCCUGGGCUUGAUUUUUUUGAGCAAGCGAGUCUUCAGCGACAAGCAGCUAAAAGGCUGUCAACUCAUGGUCGUCAUGUGGCAUUUCACAGCCACCGGCCUCGUCCUCUUCAUCUCGACCCUCCGACCUUUCCACGCCUUCAAGGCCGUGCGACUGAACGUCUGGAACAUGCUGCCCGUCUGCGGCUUCUUCGCCGGAUACGUUGUGCUUGGCAACCUUAGCUUGACCUUCAACUCGAUCGGAUUCUACCAGCUCUCCAAGGUCAUGACUACACCGACCGUCGUUCUCAUCAACUUCGUUCUCUUCCGAAAGCAGGUUACACGAUACAUGCUGGCUGCAAUCUUGGCCACAUGCAUUGGUGUUUCCUUCACCAUCAACGAGGCUGCCAAGACCCAGCUCUUCGGUGUCAUCGUGGCCACACUAGCAUUCUGCAGCACUGCUCUGUACCAGAUUUGGAUUGGCAAGAAGAUUGAAGACUUUGCUGUUUCCCCACCUCAACUUCUGCUCAACCAGGCGCCAAUCUCCGUCUGCCUCCUCAUUCCCUUCGUCCCGUUCUUCGACACAAUCCCGAAUCUUUCAACUGUACCCACCGAUAUUCUCUGGAGCGUUUGCGCCUCUGGUAUCAUGGCUUCUAUGUACAACUUGAGCCAGUUCUUGAUCAUUGGUCGCACGAGUGCACUCACAUUCAACAUUGUCAGCCACCUCAAGACUAUCAUGAUCUUGAGUAUAGGAUGGUACAGCGAAGGCAAGAUAUUGAGUGGCAGAGAGUGGUUUGGUGUACUUCUCGCGCUUGGUGGUGGCUGGGUGUACUCGCACCUUGCUCUCAAGGCAAAGAAGCAGGGCGGAAAGUAA